UACAGUGUGUCACCCCAGUAGUAAGGAGAUUACAUGGGGAGGAGGUUUGUUACAGUGUGUCACCCCAGUAGUAAGGAGAUUACAUGAGGAGGAGGUUUGUUACAUUGUGUCGCUGGUUCUGUGAUUCAGGCUCCUCCUCUUCCCCUCCAGCUGACCCAGUUGUCUCCUCUUCUCCUGAAUGACCCCCAAGGAUGGACAAGGACAGGAAUGAGAUGACUAAGAGAAUAUUACACUUCACCUUGGAGAUCCUCCACCUGCUGACCGGAGAGGAUUACACCAUAGUGAAGAAGACAUGGGACAAGGAGCCUCCACUUCUGUCACUGAUACAUGAGCAGAAAAUCCUAGAACUGACCAACAGGAUCACUGAGCUGCUGAUUAGAGAGGUUCCUAUAAGGUGUCAGGAUGUGGCGGUCUAUUUCUCCAUGGAGGAGUGGGAGUAUGUAGAAGGACACAAGGAUCUGUACCAGGACAUAGUCAUGAUGGAGGAUCACCGGCCCCUCACAUCACAAGAUGGAGUCAUUGAUAGAAAUCCACCCGAGAGGUGUCCCCGCCCUCUGUAUUCCCAGGACUGUCCAGAGGGAAAUGUCCCAGAGAACCAUCAGGGUAAAAAUGUGAUGGAAAUUGAGGUUAAAAUUGAAGCAGAAGAGGAGACGGAUUUCUGGGCCAAUCAGCAGUAUGGAGUCAUUGAUAGAAAUCCACCCGAGAGGUGUCCCUGUCCUCUGUAUUCCCAGGACUGUCCAGAGGGAAAUGUCCCAGAGAACCAUCAGGGUGAAAAUGUGAUGGAAAUUGAGGUUAAAAUUAAAGCAGAAGAUGAGACUGAUUUCGGGGCCCAUCAGCAGUAUGGAGUCAUUGAUAGAAAUCCACCCGAGAGGUGUCCCCGCCCUCUGUAUUCCCAGGACUGUCCAGAGGGAAAUGUCCCAGAGAACCAUCAGGGGGGAGAUCUGACUAAUUAUAAAGUGGAGGAUGAAGAAGAGAGGAUGAGGGGCCAUCACCCGUGUAUGAGGGAAGCGAAGGAGGAAAUUCCAGGAGGUGUUACCCCAGAAAAUCCCAGUAAGAAUUCUGAGGGAAACUUCAUGUUAUCCCUGAAUGAUAAAGGAGAAGAUGAAGAUAUGAUGGAGCGCUCCUCAGGAGAAGACCUCCUUACCCCUAAUGUCCAUCCAGAUCUAUCCUAUAAUAAUCCACCUGAUCAUGGGGAACCUUCUCCUGACCAACCACACAUUGUUACCACAAGGACAGAUCAGGAAGGGGGGGAAAAGUUUCAAUGUGAUGAAUGUGGAAAACAGUUUACAGCAAGCUCGAGUCUUCUUAUACACAGAAGAACUCACUCAGGAAAAAAGUUACUGCCAUGCCCAGAAUGUGGGAAAUGUUUUGCCAAGCUAUCACAUCUUGUUAUACAUGAAAGAAGUCACACAGGAGAGAAGCCGUAUUCAUGUUCAGAAUGUGGGAAAUGUUUUUCAAAGAAAUCAAGUCUUGUUAGACACGAGAAAAUUCACACAGACGAGAGGCCGUAUCCAUGUUCACACUGCGGGAAAUGCUAUAUAAGUAAAUCGUAUCUUUUAAGGCACGAGCUGAGUCACAUGAGAGUGAAGCCGAAUACAUGUUCAGGAUGUGGGAAAUGGUUUAUGCAGAAAUCAAAUUUUGAUAGACAUAAGUGUGCUCACAUGGGAGAGAAACCAUUUUCAUGUUCAGAAUGUGGGAAAUGUUUUACAGAUAAAUUAAACCUCGACAUACAUGAGAGAAGUCACAGCGGAGAAGACAUUGUGAUCUAUGUGUGAAUUUUUUGUCCCCAUGGACGUUCCCAUGAUUGACCCCACUGCAGGAGAAUCCAAAAGGGACAAAGUAGAGAAGUGAGGAUACCCUGUGUAAUUUUUUUUAAAGGGGUAGGGGAUUAGAUGUCUAGGGGUGGAGUACUCCUACCCCUUCUUCCCUUGUCAGCAAAAGAGCCAUAACUUUUUUUUAUUUACAUACCGAGCCACGCGAAGGCUUGUUUUUUGUGGGACCAAUUGUACUUUUUUAAAGACGCCUUUCAUUUUACCAUAAAAUGUACAACGGAACAGGAAACAAAAAUUGUGUGCUAAAAAAAAUAAUAAUUUAUGAAUUAUGCAACAUUUAUGGCAUUUUAGUUUUCAUGCCCGUCCUUGUGUGGUAAAACAUAUGUUUAUUCUGCUGGUCAGCACAAUUACAGCCAUACCCAAUCUAUUUAAACUUUUAUUUUUUUAUUAUUUUCUAUUGUGAAAAAAAAAAAAGAAAAAAAAAAAAAAUCUUCGCCUUAUUCUGACCCCUAUGACAUUAUGACUUUUCACUGUGCUUCUUUUUGCACAGAUUUUAUCGUUAUUUCGCUUUUUUCUGCAUUUUCUUUUCUAGGUCUAGGAUAUGAUGUCUAUAACCAAAUCUCCCAAAAGGGGGAUACCCAGGGUUAAUAUAUAGUAUUUUCAAAUUCCCAUCAGGGCUCUCGCCCCUCUGGGACUAAAUCCCCCAAACAGGGGAAACCCAAUAGAUAUACGGUAUGUAACUUUUCUUUAUUAUUUGCUCUUGAAAUGACUAAAGUGUGACAAAAAUCUAAAUAUAUAAUGUGUUUUAAAAGCACAGCUUCUGGAUCAUUUAUUUGCGGGGUGAACCCUCCUAUCCAUUCUUUGUUGGUAGGUCUUAUAGUUCCCUACAGUAGAUACUAAUAGUUCUCAGUGAUUUCCUCCAUGGAAUUUUUCUUAUUCCAACAUUAUUAUGUUGAUCCAGAUAAUGCUGCUAAUUAAAAUGCACAACACUAACACCCCCCCCUGACGUUUCGCCGGCCGUAACCAGCUUUAUCAAGCGCUGAGGUGUGUAUGGUUAUAAAUCAUCACUCGUGGCUUAAGUAGCCUCCGUUUGUAGGCGCGUAUUUACCUGUGGACCACCAAAUACCAAUCCUAUUCCUCCACGUCAAUUCUGCAACUCCCUCUACUUCUUGAAAAGUCUCUAAUUGGUUAAUUCACCUUCAGGAUGGCCAAUAAUAUGCUUACCGUCUAUUAUCCUAUCAUUCCUCUGGAUUCAGAAGUCCCGUUAACCCGAACUUCCUGUGGUGUGAUCUCUCACGUGACCGGCGCCUCAUGAUCUGUGCGCACAUAUCUUCUGCGCUUCUCUAUGAUAUGCGCAGGAUCAGUCUGGGAAUUCUCAAUAGAAGUACUUGCUGCGCAUGCACAUUCCGUUAUUGAUAGUGAACAUUAUACUAUUUCAAUUGGCCUAUAUGUUAUCCUCUGUA